UGGAGGUUGGUAUCGAUCGUUGAUUGCUGUAUGUCCACAAAUCUUCUAAGUUCUUCCAAGUAAUGGGGAGCUUUCUUUCCGCUGGCAUGAAAAACCCUCUUUUUACUGCAGCAGCAAUAGACUUUGGUAUUCAGUGGAUUUGUUGGGUGGUUGCGUCCAUUCUUCAAACGGAAAAGUUUUACGAUUUGGCCGGUUCCUCCACCUUCGUCUUCCUGACGUUGCUAACCCUAAGAUGGCAAAGGAAAGUCAACUUGCGUCAGAUUAUCCAGUCUGGCUGUGUUACGGUUUGGGGACUUCGACUUGGCUUGUAUCUGUUUCACAGGAUUCUCCAGGACGGAAAGGAUAGCCGUUUCGACAAGGUUCGAGGGAAUCCCCGUGUGUUUUUCAUCUACUGGACAAUUCAAGGUGUUUGGAUCUUCCUGACUCUACUACCAACCCUGAUCCUGAAUGCUUCUGCUAAAGACGAAGAGCUGACAUGGAAGGAUUACUUAGGAUGGGCUUUCUGGCUAAUCGGAUUCAUACUAGAAGCAGGUGCAGAUUACCAAAAGUCGCAGUUCAAGGCUAAUCCUGCUAACAAAGGCAAGUGGAUUGCCUCUGGGCUGUGGAGCAUUAGCCGACAUCCCAACUAUCUUGGCGAGAUGCUGAUGUGGUCCAGCUUGUUUCUUCCGGCUUCCUCAGUAAUGUCUGGUUACCAGUACUUGAGUGCCAUCUCCCCUAUGUUUGUGGCUUAUCUUCUGACUCGAGUCAGUGGCAUUCCACUUCUGGAAAGGCAGGGUUUGAAGAAAUGGGGGCAUCUACCAGCCUACCAAGAUUAUCGCCGAAGCACUGCAGUUCUGAUACCUUACAUAUGGUAGAAUGUAACAGUACACUCGCCCAUUCACACUUAGGUUGAUGAGGUCUGAUUGUAAAACUAGAUUUGGAAAGGCCAGAUGUAGACAUUGCAGUUUUUUUUUUUUACAUUUUGUUUCUCCUUUAUCAAGAUACUCUAAUGUUAUCUAACCCCGCAUGUGAUGUAAUUUCUUGGUUAUAUUAAAUUUUUUUUUUUUGGAAACAUUUUUACACUUUGAUUAGUUUGAGAACUCUCCAAAUAUAUGCUACUUAAAAGAUGUCCUGCUUUCUAAAUAUAUGAUACAUUAUACUGCAA